GGUGGCUCAAAGCAACGACGACCAUGUCGCUGACCAAGUGCCUUCUCUUCGCCCUCCUGGCCAUCGUGGCCACCGCAUCCGCUGAACGGGUUCGCUAUGACAACUACCGCAUGUACAAGGCCACCUCGGAGAAUGCCAAGCAAUUGGCGGUUCUGAAGCAGCUGGAGGGAUCCAGCGACUCAAUCUUGUUCCUGGACGGAGUCCAUAUUGUCGGUGCCGAAGUGCAGAUCAUUGUGGCACCCCACAAGGUGCCCGACUUCCUGGAGAUCAUGGGCAAGUCGGAGAUCAAGUACCAGCUGGAGUCGAGCGAUGUGCAGAAGUCGAUGGACCAGACCGACGAGAAGGUUGCCAUCAAGGGACGUGCCACCAAGGCCUACAACUGGGCCGAGUACUACCAGCUCGACGACACCUACGCUUGGCUGCAGACCCUGGCCAACCAAUACCCCGGAGUGGUGACCCUCAUCGAGGGUGGCAAGUCCUAUCAGGGACGCUCCAUCCUGGGCGUGAAGAUCACCAAGGGAGGCAGCAACAAGCCCGGCAUCUUCCUGGAGGCCGGUAUCCAUGCCCGCGAGUGGAUCGCCCCGGCGGCCGCCACCUACAUCAUUAACCAACUGCUGACCUCCAAGGAGGAAUCUGUCAAGAAGCUGGCCGAGAACUACACCUGGUACGUCCUGCCCCACGCCAAUCCCGAUGGCUACGUCUACACCCACACCACCGAUCGCCUGUGGCGCAAGACCCGUACUCCCUAUGGCAGCUGCUUCGGCGCUGAUCCCAACAGGAACUGGGGCUUCCACUGGAACGAGGCCGGCACCAGCGACAAUCCCUGCUCCGACACCUACUCUGGACCCUCGGCCUUCUCCGAGAUCGAGACCCUGUCCCUGUCCAGCUACAUCGCAUCCCUGAAGGGCAAGAUCCAGCUGUACCUUUCCCUGCACGCCUACUCCCAGUACCUUCUGUACCCCUAUGGUCACUCCGCCGAGCUGCCCGACAAUGUGGCCGAUUUCGAGAAGGUCUUCGACGCCUCCGUUGCCGCUGUGAACAAGCGUUAUGGAACCAAGUACACCGGAGGAAAUGUAUACGAUGCCAUCUACCCGGCGGCUGGAGCUAGCAUUGAUUGGGCCUACGGCACCCAGGAUGUGCGCAUGUCCUUCUGCUACGAGCUGCGUCCCUCCUCGACCUCCUACUUCACUGGAUUCAGGCUUCCAGCCGAGCAGAUCGUUCCUGCCAGCGAGGAGCUGCUCGACUCCAUUGUGGCCAUGGUCGACGAGGUCAAGACCUUGGGCUACUUCGACUAAACAACUCACUAAUAAAGUACUCACAGUUUAACGGCAUAA